GAAGCGCUCUGGGCCGGCGCCGCGGGAGCGCUUCGCCAUGGUCUUCCUCACGACCCGACUUUGGCUGCGGAACCGCGUCACCGACCGCUACUUUCGGAUCCAGGAGGUGCUGAAGCACGCGCGGCACUUUCGGGGGAGGAAGAACCGCUGCUACCGGCUGGCCGUCAGGGCCGUCACCAGGGCCUUCGUGAAGUGCACCAGGGCGCGCAGGCUGAAGAAGCGGACGCUGAGGACCCUUUGGAUUAAUCGCAUCACAGCUGCCUCCCAGGAGCAUGGUCUGAAGUACUCGUCAUUUAUUACCAAUUUAAUCAAGUGCCAGGUGGAGCUCAACAGGAAAGUACUUGCAGACUUGGCCAUCUACGAACCAAAGACUUUUAAGUCUCUGGCUGCUUUGGCCCAACGGAGGCGACAAGAAGGAUUUGCAGCUGCCUUGGGGGAUGGGAAGGAACCUGAAGGCGUGUUUUCCAGGGUGGUGCAGUACCACUGAGGGCAGCGAUGCUGUGGGUCAGGAACACGUUUCUUCCUGAUGGAUCUAAUCACUAAGACAGGAACAAUGCGCUGUCUACUCAACAGCUCAUAACCCUGGGUUGUAACUUUAUUUAUACUUCAGUACCAGGCCCAAGAAAAAAGGCCUUGUCUUUUCCCAGUGGACACUGAGUCUCAGAAUUGUCUCACAUAGAUUGUGCACAUAAAGCUUUUGCAGUGUU